AUGUUGAGAAAAUCACUCACCACUGUAUCAUCACAAGGCGGAAAAAAGUUGAUGUUUGCCAAUAGCAAUAAAUUGGCUCUGUUCAACAACAAUAACAUCACUACUUCAUCUUCUUCCUUCCAUACCGCUUCGCAAAAGUUCGAUACAACAAAACCUGCUGCUGCCCCUAUUGCACAACAACAACAACAAAAGGGUAAUAAUAACAGUGGAAGCGGACAACAAACAAGUGGAGGAUCUAUGGGUAAAACUGUUGUCAUUUCAACACUCUUGACUGGUGCUCUCGGUGUUGGUUUUGUUCUUUAUUUUAAUAAUUAUUUGCAAUCACUUGAAAAGAAAAACCAAGAACAAGCUUCAUCUAUUGAAUCACAAAAAAAGAAAAUUCAAGCUGAAAAACUUGAACAAGAUAAUGAUAAGAUUAAUUCUAUUAACUCUGAAUUGGAAGGAUUGGAAAAGGCUCACUCUGCUAAAUUGUCAGCCUUGAAGGAAACUUAUACCAACAAGAUGAAUGAAUUACAACAUCAAUUGAAUGCUAUCAAUGAAAAGAUUACAUCAUUAGAAAAGGAAAAGAAUGAUCUUUCUGUAACUCUUGAAAAAAAUAGAAAGAAACAACUUGAAUUGCUCUCCGAAAAGGAAAAUUUAAUCUCUGAAAAGAAAACUUUGGAAGAUCAAUUAAAUAGCUUUAGUAGUUUGAAGGUCAGAAGUACUGAUGCCGUUCUCUCUGAUAUUUUGGGAAGACAAGUUGAAGAAGGUGAAGUCCUCACUGAAGAAGAUAGAGACAAGUUCCUCUCACGUAUUCAACGUUUGGAAUCUCAAGUUAAGAGAAAGGAUAAAAUGAUUGAACAAAUCAAACAAGAAACUGAAGAAAAUAUUCAAAGAAUUAAGACUAUUAGUCAAGAAAAAUUACGUGCUGUUCAAUCUGAAUCUGAAGAAAGUAUUAAGAAAUUGGAAUCUGAAAUGGAAUCUGUUAAAAAUGAAUAUAGUGCUUUAAUUGCCAAGGAAAGAGAAACUAUUCUUGAUGAAUUUGAAAAGAAGAUGCAAGAACAAGCCCAUAGUUUAUUAAUUGGAUAUUAUGAUAGUGUACUUGAUAGAUCUAAACAUGUCCAAGAAUUGACAAACAAAGUCUAUGCUAUGGAAGAAACAUUCAAGGUUGCAUCUGCUAAUUUCUCAAAUAAUAUUGAUUUACAAAACUUGACAGCUGCUGUUUUGGCUUUGCAAGAUACUCUUCAAACAAAUGCUCCAUUCAAGCCAGAAGUUGAUACUCUUAAGAGAUUAUCAGAUAAUGAUGAAUUUUUGAAGGCUGCUUUAGAAUCUAUUCCAAAAUCGAUAACAGAAUCUGGUGUAUUGAAACUUGAUGAUUUGACAUCUAGAUUCAAGAUUGUUAAAAAGAAGGCUAUCGAGGCAUCACUUAUACCAGAAGAAACUGGUCUUAUGGGUCUCCUCUUGGCCAAGACCUUAUCUGUAGGAGUUGUUGCUGAAGAAGGAUUUGUGGAUGGUGAUUCUUUACCAGCUAUUUUAUCCAGAGCUGAAUUUUAUUUAAAGCAAAAGAGAUUAACAGAUGCUGUCAAUGAAAUCAAUAAGGCUUACUGUGUUGCUCCAAAGAAUGUCACACAAGUCAUUGAAGAUUGGGCAACCGAGGCAAGAAAUAGACUUUUAGUAGAACAAGUUCUUGAAACUAUGUCAUCACAUUUGGUCAUACAAUCACACUCCUUAAAGCAACAAAAAUAA